AUGCUGAUGACAAUACCCUUAGGCUCGCCUAAUCACGUCGAUGACGAGUUUGAUCUCCCUGGAUACUUGUUAUUAGAUUCCGGAGCUUCAACAUCGAUCAUUCGACACUCAUCCUUGCUUCAUUUUCCACAACAACCUAUCCACAUAGGAGUGCAAGAUGCGCAGGAUAAUCCAAUACCUAUAUCUUCUACGGGAAUUCUAAAAUUCCAUUUCGCUAAUGGUCCCCCAGUGAAGAUAUCGGCUGCUUCUUCUCCCAACAUUCGUUAUGACCUUAUUAGUCUCGAUGAACUUGACGAUGCCGGCAUCUACGCUGACUUCUCCACACGUUCCCUUCGUGACAAGGAUAAUAAUGUCAUAGCUACUCUCCUUAAACAUGGACCCUUUUAUUGGCUCUCCACAAAGUAUUUGAUGUUACCUGCUCGCAGUAGGAAUCAUCGAAUCAACAACAUCCUACCUCGUUUUUCCUUUGAAUUCAUUCAUCGACUAUUUGGUCAUGUUAAUAUCAAAAUCAUCAAGGAUUCUAUCCGUAAAGGACUAAUCAAGAAUAUCUCUUAUGACAACAUUGACUGGUCAGGUUUUGACACUUUCCAAUGUCCUGAUUGUCUCAAAGGAAAAAGUACACAACACAAACACUAUGUCGGAUCACGUGUUAAAUAUCAACGUGAAUACAAUACCUUCGAAUUUCUCCACACUGAUCUUUUUGGUCCAGUACCCAAUAUGCCAACUUCUUCACCUACUUAUUUCAUCUCAUUUACCGAUGAACAAUCAAGGUUUAGAUGGGUUUUUCCAUUACGUUCUAAAGAUGCAUCCACCGUUACUACUGUUUUCCGUAACAUUGUGGCUACAUUCGGAACACAAUUUGACACUAAAGUACUUGUUUUCCAAAUGGAUCGAGGCUCAGAAUUCACAAAUGCUGAAAUACGUCAUUUCUUCCGUGAAAAUGGUAUCCAACCAUGCUAUACCUCUGUUGGUGAUUCUCGUGCCCAUGGCGUUGCAGAAAGACUAAACCGAACUCUUCUAGAUGAUUGUAGAACUCUAUUAGAAAGUAGUGGUCUCUCUCCUCACCUCUGGUUCUAUUCCGUUGAGUUUGCUACCUUGAUCCGAAAUGCUCUGUUAAAUACGACAUACAAAACCUCUGCUCGUGCUCGUGCUGGUCUUGCUGGCCUCGACGCAAGCACCAUUCUUCCAUUUGGACAACAUGUUAUUACACAUGAUACUAAUCCUAUCGAUAAACUACAUGUACGUGGUCAUCACGGUUAUGCCUUAACACCUUCAAAGGAAUCACAUGGUUAUCUCAUCUAUGUUCCUCAUCUUCAUAAGGUUCUGGAUACAUCGAACUAUGUGGUGAUUAGGUCCGAUACUAAUAUAUCUGCUGAUCAUAACUACGAUUCAACUGUGUUUGAUCCACUAAUGCAGUCCAUUGCUCGUCCAUAUGAUGAUUUCCUGAACGAUACAUCUGCUCCUGCUCUGAUUGACGAUAACUCUUCAGAACCCGAUAAUUCUACCUCGGCUCCGAAUUCAGAUAGUGAAUUAUCUGAUGACCCGGACUUAGACACUGCUAUGAUUCAUUCGCGCCCUGAGAGCAUCGACACUCAAGGAACCAACUCUGAUGUUAGUCCAACUUCAAACCCUGUUACUACGAUACCAUUGACCUCUGAUAUUUAUACGGAUCCUGAUUCUGAUACUGAUGACGACUCAGAUAGUCCACUCUCAUUUUAUCAUUCAGAUUUCAAUAAACCUAUCUCUUCUAGUACAUUUGAUGAAGAACUACCUCCUGACGUAAUCCCCAUAUCAGAUGACAAUACAACACCUUCUGUUCUUGAAGAUGACGUACUUCCAGAGAUUCCUUCUUUGUCCGAUUCUCCUCCUGCUUUACCAGAUCAAUUGAUUGAUUCUUCCCCUAAGAACUCCGAUUCGGGUGGUAUCAUAGCUGAUACUACUAUAUCUUUAGAUACUUCACCUGAUAUAUCCCAUUCUCUGGCGAUUUCCCCUUCGGGUGGUACCAUCGAUGAUCUCAAUACCUCAUCAACCAAUCCAUUAUCACUCUCUCUUUCACCUCAGAAUUCCAAUUCGGGUGGUAUAACUCAGACAUCUGUUUCCACCGAUUUGGGUGGUAUAGGUAAGGAACAAGACAGUUCCAAGAAACGAAAUAGAGAAAACGAUGAAAACAAUGACAAGGACCACUUACCUUACUGGGAAAAGAACAAUAUGUCAAGUAUAAAGUUCCCACCAAAACAAAGAAGAAGAAUCCACUACAUAAACUCGGUAAAACACGCUGUGAACAACCCUCCAUCUGUUGGUAACACGUCAAUGUCAUAUAGAGACGCAAUAAGUUCGAAUCAAAAUGUGAGAGAAAAGGAAUUAUACAGAAAAGCGUAUAUGAAGGAACUAGACCAAUUAAUGAAACAUAAUACAUGGGACAAUUCCCGUAUAUAUGAUGUUAAGGAGGUUAACCCAAAGAAAAUAAUCAAUUCCAUGAUCAUUUUCACUACAAAACGAGACGGAACUCAUAAAUGUAGAUUCGUUGCUAGAGGUGACCAACAAAAUGCUGGUACUUACGAUGAUAGCCUAAUCGCUAAUACAAUACAUCAUGAAGCACUGAUGACAUGUAUGGCUAUUGCUUUAGAUAAUGACAUGUUCAUUGUGCAACUAGAUAUAUCAUCAGCCUACCUUUAUGCAGACCUCAAGGAAGAACUAUAUAUAAGGACACCUCCACACUUAGGCCAUAAGAAUAAGAUAUUCAAAUUAGAAAAAUCAUUAUACGGUUUAAAACAAAGUGGUGCGAACUGGUAUGAAAAUAUCAAGAAAUACCUAACUGAAGAUUGUGGUAUGUCCAACAUAAGAGGAUGGCCAUGCGCAUUUAAGAAUGAAGAUUUAAUUGUAUGUUUAUUUGUUGAUGAUAUAAUUGUGUUUGGUAAAAAACAUAAGAAAUGUAUGGAUCUGGUACAAUUAUUAAAGUUACGAUACGAAACAAAAGUAGUAAACGAUGGGAAAAUCGAGAAGGCAGAAUCAAGGGACUAUGACAUUCUAGGAUUGGAAAUAACAUACAGGAGAUCUAAAAGUUUAUCUUUUGGUAUGGAAAAAUCCUUGGAACAAAAAAUCCCAUCCUUAGGUGUUACAUUAAACAGCGAGAAGAGAAGAAUGAAAGCACCGGGACAACCCGGAAUAAUAUUAUCUGAUUCCAAAUUGGAUAUGUCUGAAGCAGAAUAUAAAAGGAAAGUAAAGUUGAUGCAGAAACUAGUUGGACUAGCUUCUUACCUAGGAUACAAGUAUAGAUAUGAUCUACUAUAUUAUAUUAAUAUAUUAGCUCAACACACCCUAUACCCGAGCAACCAAGUGCUAUCACUUACUUAUCAAUUAAUCCAAUAUAUUUGGGAUACUAGAAAUAAAAGGUUAAUUUGGCCCAAAGCCAAAGAAAGAAAUACUCAAAGAGUGACUGCCAUAACAGAUGCGGCAUUUGCAAAUCAACCUGGCUAUAAGUCACAGGUUGGAUAUUUCAUUCUAGUAAAUAACAAAAUCAUUACUGCAAGAUCCACGAAAGCCACUCUAACAUGUAUCUCGUCUACAGAAUCCGAACUAUAUGCAAUUAGUAUGGUAAUACCUUUACUCAAUAGUAUUAAGAUGCUAAUGGAAACAAUAACUGGCAAUCAAGUUAAAAACAAAUUAAUUACAGACAGUGCACCAGCUAUAUCAAUCAUAAAUAGUCAAGAUGAAACAAAAUUAAGAAAUAAAUAUUUUGGCGCCAGAUCAAUGAAAAUCAGAGAUGAAGUCAAAUAUUCACAUCUUAAACUAGAGUAUGUGAAUACAGACAACAACAUCGCUGACAUAUUAACUAAGGCAUUGCCAGCUAAAAGAUUUAACGAUCUAACUAAUGUUUGGAUGGUUUAG